AAAAAAGAAAAAAAAGAAAUGAGGUUAUGGGGAUUGGAAAAGAAAACGAUUGGAGAAUGGGAAGUCCAUGGGGAAAUUUUCAUCGAGGCCCAAAUACCAAGAAAAGGCAAUGAAAUGAUUGGAGGAGAAGGUUCUGAUCGAAACUGGGAAGACUAGACUGUGGCGGUGGACUUAGUUCACCAGCGAGCCCGGGCUGUAGCCGUUUCGUGUUCCCGGCGGACGAUUCAAGCGGCUGCACUCCGACAAGGGCACCGGCCGACUGCAGAUUUGCGUUUCGAAAAGUUUGGUUAGAUAUUUGGAACCAUGGACGUUCAUGACUCCGGAACUAGGGAAUUCGAUGGCGACAAUGGCGAUUUCCGGAGGGUAGGGGUUCUGUACGACGAGAGGAUGUGCAAGCAUCACACACCUGACGGAAUUUACCAUCCCGAGAAUCCUAACCGAAUUAGGGCCAUUUGGAACAAGCUUCAGAGCGCUGGCAUUCAUAAGAGGUGUGUGGUAUUGAAUGGGAAAGAGGCAGAAGAUAAGCACAUUUUGGCAGUUCACUCCAAAAAGCACGUUGAUUUGAUUAGGAAUAUAAGUUCCAAAGAGUUUGAUUCACGAAGAGAUAGGAUUGCCUCAAAAUUGAAUUCCAUAUACUUCAACAAAGGGUCAUCUGAAUCUGCUUAUCUUGCUGCUGGCUCUGUCAUAGAUGUUGCUGAAAGAGUAGCUAAAGGAGAUUUAAAUUCUGCGAUCGCCAUCGUGAGGCCUCCAGGUCAUCAUGCUGAACAUGAUGAAGCAAUGGGGUUUUGUUUAUACAACAAUGUAGCUGUUGCUGCAAGCUUUAUUUUGAAUGAAAGACCAGAUUUGGGAAUUAAGAAAAUUUUAAUUGUUGAUUGGGAUGUUCAUCAUGGCAAUGCAACGCAAAAGAUGUUUUGGAAAGAUUCCCGUGUUUUGUUCUUCUCUGUUCACCGGCAUGAAUUUGGAAGUUUUUAUCCGGCCACAGAUGAUGGUUUUUAUACCAUGGUUGGAGAAGGAUCUGGAGCAGGAUAUAAUAUAAAUGUUCCAUGGGAGAAUGCACGAUGUGGGGAUGCCGACUAUCUUGCAGUUUGGGAUUGUAUUUUGCUUCCUAUUGCUAAGGAAUAUAAUCCCGAUAUGAUCAUAGUCUCUGCUGGAUUCGAUGCAGCUGUUGGUGAUCCUCUGGGUGGUUGCUGUGUCACACCAUAUGGAUACUCAAUUAUGUUGAAAAAGUUGAUGAAUCUUGCCCAAGGAAAGAUUGUAUUGGCACUGGAAGGAGGAUAUAACCUUGAUUCCAUCGCAAGUUCGAUGCUUGCAUGUGCGGAAGUUUUGCUCAAUGGAAGAACUAUGAAUAAAUCUUCAGAGACUUAUCCAUUUGAGUCAACAUGGCGAGUGAUCCAAGCAGUUCGAAAAGAAUUGAGUCCUUUUUGGCCAAUGCUUUCGGAUGAAUUACCAGAUGAUUUGAUCAGUAAAAAAGCGCCACUCCCGAUUUUGAUUUCAAGCUCGGAUUCGGAGAUCGAGGAUGAUGAAGCUUCUAAUGCUGGAUUAGAAACACUUGAGGAAGUUCUUCGGGGUAUGACACUUUCACAAUCGGAAGUGAAGGAAGAUAGUCAAGAUCAAGUGCUUAAUGCAACUUACCCUUGGAGAUCGGAGCUCUCAAAAACUGAUGUCUGGUAUGCUGCAUUUGGAUCAAAUUUGUGGGAGCCAAGAUUCCUUUGUUAUAUCAAAGGAGGACAGGUGGAGGGUAUGAAAAAGCUGUGUACAGGUUCCAUGGAUAAGACUCCACCAAAGGAGACUCUGUGGAAAACUUUUACUCACCGUCUAUUUUUCGGUCAUGAGUAUAGUAAUACUUGGGGCCAAGGAGGAGUUGCUUUUCUUCAUCCUGAAAGCAACAGCGAGGAGAAAUCUUAUUUGUGCUUGUAUAGAAUUACGCUGGAGCAAUUUAACGAUGUUUUGCAUCAGGAAAACAGAGGCAGUGGUUUCCUUUCUAAUAACCCUUUAUUUGAUCUGGCUAAUUUGAACACAGUCACAAGCAAACACCUCAACUCUAUUGAAAUUCCAGCUGGGCGAGGCUGGUAUCACAACCUACUAUAUUUUGGGAAGGAACGCGAUAUUCCGAUAGUAACGAUGACGUGCUCACAUUUGGAUGUGGAAGACUUCAAAUCCGGGAAGGUUCCCCUCUGUGCACCACCAAAAGAGUACGUCGAUACUCUUGUUAAAGGACUCGUAGAAGGGCCACUUUCAAAAGAGGAAGCUUUGAUAUAUGUUCAGAAUGCUUCAACUAAGCCACUGUAAGCGCAAGCCUUGUCAUUUGCAACCUUUCUAUUUUGUAUUUAUGAAAUUAUAGUGGUUGUGUAGGUCUGAUUCUAGGACUGGAGAGACAUUUAGUUGAAACUUACUGCGCCAUCCAGCAGUUUGGUAUUUUAUAUAUGUUGAACCGACUGUCAUAUAACAUAUUCUUGAUUCAGCAGUUUGUUGUUUUUAUUUCGUGGUAAUUCUUCUUCAUCCCCUUAAAGGGCUGUUUGGGAUAAGGGUGGGUUUUGUGGUGGGUGCGAGGAAUAAUUGAACUUUUAGAGGGGUGGAGAGUAAUAGGAGGAGGUUAGGGAUCUCGUUCGAUAUCGUAUUUCUCUUUGGACUUUUUUGUCUAUUUUUUUUAAUUAUUCAUUAGAUCAAAUCUUACUUGAUUGAA